UCUAAAACUUAUAACUAACUAGCCUUUAUUAUAUAUGACCCCACUCCUGUGUCGCCCCCCGUCGUCUUUCUCGCAGAUGGUGUGUAAGUUUGCCCCUCCGUGUUGUUGCAAUAACCUCACGGUACCAGAUUUCUCACCCUCACGCUGGGGCGCACUGUUUAUACAACUGGAGCAGUCUUUACACCAAAAUGUCCUCAGCAGUCUCUAUCCCCAUCAUUUGGCAAACAGCACUAAACCCCCUCUUGAAACAACCUCAGAUCAUUUGGCAUCGGCACUAUCGUCCAGCCCCGCCCCUGCAGCUCCAGCCCAGCUCUAUAUAAACCCCGAGGCCGACUCCCCUUCAUUCAUUCACUUCCCUCCGGAGGAUAACGACUCAUCCUAGGCGUCCAUAGCGCGGAGAUCUUCCAAAAAAGUACUAUUUGGGACUAACGCCCUGCAAAAAAGAGAAAUGAAUUCUGUGUUUGUUACCGCUCCUCUUUCCAAUACAAUGAACACCGACAUCCAGCAGUCCAUCAGCCCAGCUUCCCUGUGGAGACCAUGGCUCGUGACCAGAAAGGAUGCACAAACUGAAUGCGGGAGAACCAAGCUCGCUUGUCCUUACUCCAGGCCAGAAGUACCCGGUAACACUACAACAGAUGGCAAAAUGCAGUCUUUCCAGCACCCCGUCAGGCUGUAUUGGCCCAGAUCAAAGUCAUACGACUACCUCUUCAGUGAUGGCGAGACCCUGCUCAGAAAUUUCCCAGUGCAGGCCACCAUAAACUUCUACGAUGAGUCAGACAGCGAGGAAGAGGAGGACAGCUGUGAUGAAGACGACGUCAGCGACGCUGAGGAGUGUCUAAAACUUAACAGUCACUUCACCAGUUACAACUGAAUGUUCAACCUAAUCCAACUCUGCAGCUGUGACUUUACGCUGAGGAAAAGUUCAUAAAUUUAACAUCAUCACUGGAUAAUGCCCCAUUGUACUCUAUUAGAGAAGCCGUGCCAUCAAUAAUUCAGUGCAUGGACUUGGUGUUUCUUAUGAGCAUCUAGAGCACAACCAGAGUGACUUUACUGAUUGUUUUAUGCAGGAAACUUUAAUUACAUGAAUACAGAUUCAGAUAUGUCUUGCAUAAAAGUAAUUCCUGUUAAAAACAGUGAAAAUGCAGUCCCACAUUGGGAAAUCUCAGGUUUCUUACAUUCUUUUGUAUAUAAAAUUCUAUUUGUAUUCUAUUACCCAUCCCUAACUUAUGAUUUAUGUGCAUUUUAUGUAUAUAUGUGUAUUUAUGGCAUAUUUUUUGUACUUUUAAUUUGAAGUAAAAUCUAUAUUUAAAUGAGUGCAAA